AUGUUAUCAUUGCUUGAUAUCAAUGAAAUUUUCGAUAUUGAUGAAGAAGCUAAAAUGAAUGAUAGUGAUACUAAUCUUAAUGCCAUGAAUAGCACUAGAUAUAUACAGAAAAUAGUUGAUGAUAAUAGAGAAGGACCUUCAGAUAGAAGAUCUAAAACAUAUCAUAUUUCAGUUAGG